CGCGGCAGCGUGCGGACGUGUGCAGUGAAUUAUUUUGCCUAUUUAAAUAAGGAAACGGGACAAAGUGCUACGUCAAAAAGAGACAGAAAGUGUGUGUGCGUUGCAUAGGCGCGUUCGUGUUGCUAGGUGGACCGCAGUGGAGACAUUGUUUACCUACUACUGCGAUAAGAAGACAAAAACAAAAACAUAACUACGUUUUAUACGAUUUAAGAUGAUGCGUACGCCGACAAAAGAAGAUACCUAUUACGGCUCGGAUACGAAUAUAUCGCAAAUGAAAAAACAAAUUAACUUAGAAGAUUGGGUUAAUCUUAGACAAGCUAAAAAGAAGCGAAAUAUAGAAGAGUCGGAUAGUGAAUCAAACAUGUCGCAAACAAGCAGCAAAAACACGGUUCGUAAAAAUUAUGCGGCAGUUCUUGAAACCAUGGCGGGAUUUCGGGAAGAUUUUAAAAUUGUUCACAAGCUUCUUGCUGAAAUGAAAGAAGACCAAGAUAAUAGGUCAAAAAAGAUGCAAAAAGAUAUAACAGAAAUAAAAAGCGAAGUCUGUGAAUUAAGAAAAGUAAAUAAAGAAAUUGAAAAUACAGUAGAUUAUCUCGGCAAAAAGUUUGGGCAGUUUGAAUCUUUUAAGGAAGAAGCUACAGAAAAUAUUAAAAAAAUUGAAAAUAGAAUUAAGGAUUUAAAGCAAAAAGAUGUAUAUCAUGAAAAAUAUGAGAAGGCAUUAGAAGAGCGCAUAGGGAUGUUGGAGCAGAAAGAGUUAGAGAGAAACAUCGAAAUUAUUAACGUAAAGAAGGUAGAUGGAGAAGAAGUACAUAAGGUAGUCGAAAGGAUAGCGACAUUGUUGAAUCUUAAUGCUGACGAUAUAGAAAGAGCCUGGAGAGUAAGAGUGAUUUCUGAAAAGGGGCCGGCACCCAUUAUAGUAAAACUUCGCUCAGUUGAUGCCAAAAAAGCAUGGCUGCAAAGACGGAUGAAACCCCUAUAUAAUAGUAACAUAUUUACCAACUCAGAUACAACAAGAAUAUAUAUCAAUGAAAAUGUCACGAGACAUACAAGAAAACUUUUUUGGGCAACAAAAGAUAGAUUAAAGGAAAGUUUUAAAUACAUAUGGAUACAAAAUGGACGAGUGUUAAUUAAAAAAGAUGAAAAUGCAAAGAAAAUUUUCCAUAUUCGCUCUGAAAACGAUAUUGACUCGUACGUUUCGAAAAAUACAGAAAAUUGAAAUAAAU